GCCCCUGGUGGCGGCGGCCGCUCCCACGGCGGCGCCCGCGCCCGCGGCGGCGCCCGCGCCCGCGGCGGCGCCCGCGCCGGCGAAGAACGCGUCGGCCAAGAACGCCCCCGCGUCGGCGACGAAGACGCCCCCCGCCUCACAGCCAGCGCCCGUGGCCGCCGGCGCCACCUCCUCGGAGCCCUCCGCGGUGCCCGCGGCGGCGGCAGAGGCCCCAGCCGCCCAGGCCGGCGUGGGGGCCGCCGCCGCCGGAAGCCGCAGCGCCGAACCCGGCGAGUGGCCCGAGGCCAGUCAGGAGGAUAAGGACGAGCUGAAGGACCUCAUGCCGAGGUUCAGAGACUGGAUGGUGAAGACAAAGCAGAAGACCGACGAAUUGGCCAAUGAGUCGGUCAGCAAAUUUAAAGCUCUCUUCAACAAGCACCAGAAGCCUCUCAAGGCCAUGGGCACCGAAGAGUUCAUCAAGUGGCUCCAGGCGGGCAAGGCGAAGCCCGGCACGAUGCAGCUCGCCAGCGCGAAGUGGUUCGGGCACUUCUGGGUGGAGGGCCUCGACCGCAAGGUCGACGGCACCCUGUGCGACGUGGAGGACUCGAAGCGGCCCGCGGAAGCAGAGGAGGACUUCAUGUCCACGCUCACCGCAGGCAUGCAGGAGGCGAACAGGCACGGGAAGCGGAAGAGGGACGAGGACCGCCAGGAGCGCGAGGCCAAGAGGCAGCGGGAGCUGGAGGACCUAGAAGCUCAGCCAGACGAGGACCCUCCCGAGAUCACCUCCGACAGCGAGCACCCGCAGGGCGACGUCGAGCCGUUCCCGCGGGUGCUGGUCGUCGAGGCC